AUGUUCCACCAUUUCAGGGGGAGGAAUGCACUACAUAACUACCUAUCAAGAUGCGCCUGCGGGAAGUUCCCGCCUGGGGUUAUCCCCUACAGGAACCGCUGGCCCAAAGUAAGAAGCCUAACUGUGUUGGAAACUCUGAGAAGACCCCACAGUGGGUACAGUAGAAGGGGCGACCCAUCGCACACCACAAAGCAUAGAAGGGAUUGCAAAGGUGGCAAAGCAGAUUCCUUCAAAGAAAAACAUGAAAGGGACGGAUGGAGCGAACGCAGUGAAAAAAUAAACACAGAAAUGUCCCUUUACUAUCCAGAGAGUAACUCCUUCCCAUUUGUGACUACCGGCAUCUUGUUGGGCAUGGUGGGCAUUUCGUCCUUUUUUCAAUUUUUAAUUUACACCCUGAAAUUUUGUGAGGAUGAGUCAAGCAUCCUGCUAAAAGUAAACGAGUUCCUGGACCAUCUGGAUGCCUAUUUUAUAAUUCACGACUUUGAGGGGGGCCCAGGUGAAGGACACAGUACAAGAGGACGUGACGCCGUGAAGUCUGGCCUCUUCAGCAUCAAAUAUUUGACGUCUCCAUUUUUCGCCAAUGAAAAUAUCCUACAAUGCGCAGUUCAGCUAUCCACCUUCUUUUUGGCCUCGAGAUUUCUUGAAAAACAAUUUGGGUCCUUAAAAUUUGGCGCACUAUUCAUAAGCGCUUCCAUACUUUCUAACCUUCUAACACAUAACUUCUUAAAAUACCUUACGAACCAAGUGGAAUCAUUAAACUCCCUUAACUUUGUUCUUAUACACCCUUCUGGGUCCAUGGCUUUCAUUUGUGCCUUGUGCUCCAUUUGCUUCAAAAAUUGCGCCAUCUGGAAGGAUAUCCCAGUCCACUGCUCCAUUUUAGUCGUUCCUUAUCUUCUUUCUUCCUUCUACGGUCUAUUAUCUUUGUACAAAAUAGGAAAGAAUACUUUGGAAAAUACUCACGGGGAGGUUGCUCCCAGUGAGAGGAACUCCCUCCAAAGUGUAGAUGCUAAAGACCAUCCCUAUGAAGAUCCCCCACAUUUGGGUAUGCCCCACACAACAAGGAGCAGCCAUGCCAACGACAUAACUAACCCCCUCCACAGCAGUGACAAAGAACAACCAAAUGCCCCCCCCAGUAAUAAACACGUCCAAAAUGAAACCAUGGAAAUUUUAAGGAACUUCCUAAUCGUAAAGGCAUGUGAUGAAGUUAUUAAGAGGCGCAAAAAGGAAAAUAUGUUUCCAAACAAAAAGAUACAGAACCUCAAAAAUGAAUCGCUUAAAAAUAUCAACGAAAUUAAUAACAGGUCGAAGAAAAUAUUUUUUGGCUUGUCUUCUUCCUUUACUGACAUAUGUGGCAUCCUGCUUGCAUCAUGCGGGUCUUUCCUUUUUAAAAUGCUCAGGUAG